CUGCGUCUUUUUUCGAAACGGUUGCAAAGCGGUCCUGGGAAUCUUUACCUUCUUCCGUCCUGGCCCUGGAACCGAUGUCCUCCAGAUCGUGCUCUAUUGCCUGAUGGGCGUGGCCACAAUUAACGUAAUUGCGAGCGCCACCAUGCUCAAAUCCUUAUCGGAUUACCAGACCGAGACUACAAAGGAUGCCAUUCUUAUGUGGGUAUUUGGCAGUGUCAUCAUUCUGGUACUGAUCCUCAUUUUCAACCAGCAUCGUGCUGCCGGCAUUGAAGAAUGGGGACCUAGUCGCGGACUAUAUACUGACUCGCCGUGGAUCGAGAUGGGCAACCGCAAUAAUCGCAACGGAGGUCGCCCUCAGCAGGCACGAUACCCUCUCCACCCUCAGCCUGCCAUUACGGCCCCUCACCAGAACGAGAGCAGCGUCUACCGUCACUCGGGAACUUCUGUCGAGCAAGAAUCGGGACGAAAUCGCUUCAACUUGAACGCCCGAGACGAUCGUUUCGACCGCUAUGCUGUUCAACGAUUACCUUUCCAUCAGAACAGCAACUCGGGAGGCCCCUCAGACGGACAGCACCAAGCAACUCAGCCGCAAGUUCGUGAUCCUAGCGCCGCAUCUUCUGUGGACAGCGGUAUCGGCAUCGCUCGCAGCAGCUCCUUGCUUGAAGAGGAAGCUGGUAAGUUGGCCGAAUCCGCUGGCUCCACCGGUGAAGAGGCAGUCGUUGCCAGCGAGGAAUUGUCAUCAUCCCCGUCAGCUGAAUCUAGCUUUACGGAUGCCGACACGGGCUAUCUUAGCUCUUCGGAAUCUGGCUCGCCACCUCGUCGUUCCGGGCUCGCUCCUCGAGAAAGCUGGUGUCUUCAGCCUUCUUUCAGCUCAAGCAAUCUCUUGGACGUCAAGAGCGGCACAGCCAACGCCAGCACCUUCCCGCCCCGCAGCAGUUCGUUCACCCUGGCUUCAUCCCAGGGAGCCUUCGCCAGCGCCGAACGCAAGUAUGGAGUUGAAACCAACUUCUCCUAUCCGUACAGCACCACUUUCACAGAACUCAGUCCCAUUCUCGAGCAUUCUAACGAGGACCACCCCGCACCUCAAGAAGUAGCUUAGAGUUGGCUAGUUUUUGAUAUUAGCACCUCCGAAUGAACGUGACAUUUGGAUUGUUUAUGGAGUGGCGGCCCGUCAUCUAAGGAUUUUCCAAUUCCCAGUGAUUUUUUGAGCUUUGCAACGCCAGCUUGACUUGGAUGGACCUUUGCAAGACCAUCGAUUUUAAUGAAUUUUCACUUUGAACUCCGCCGUUGAGAAUCAUACUUGCAAGGGUAACUCGGCCUACCCUUUCGUGAAGUCUUGAAGUUGAAUACGAUGGACGUAAUGUUUUCCAUCAGUAUUGCCAUGAGAUGAAGUGUAUUUGUAUGUAGAGAAGUUUGAGAUUACGAUUCG